AUGCACAGCGCAGAGGAGGAUGAGAAGAGUGAUCACCAGGCCCAUUUGAAGGAUGAAGACCCUCAGGAUAUAAAUACUUUGGAAGAAGAUGUGGGAGAAAUAAACCCUCGUACAAGUGGCACUACCCCUUUUGAAGAAGAAGAAAAGGCGGAUCUGAAAAGAGAAGAACAGGAAGAUGUAUCUUCGUUACAUCAUAGCGACAUAUUGGAUUUUUAUUUCCAUGACAAAUCGGAAGGAGAGCCGAACAGGGGUAGUGGAGUUGGUAAUUCCGUUGAUCAUGAAAGGGUUGUGAAUGAUGAACCAGUGGAGCAUUGCUCAGAUGGUAACCACCAUAAGGAUGAAAAAGAUGAUGAAGGUGAUGGCUCAAGUGACAAGGCUACCCCAAAAAACUGUGUCAAUGGAGAUAGCGCUGCCGAACCGGGUGCAAGGGACCCAUUUCUCUUGGGGGUUAGGGAGGAUGCUGACAUGGACAUAAGUAUCAAUCAAGAAAAGGAGAGAUCGUGCAUUCCCCCUAAUGAGGCGUCAGAAAAUAGUUACGAAGCUGUGCAGGUGAAAGUUCACAACGUCGACUUGAUGGAUGCAGAUAGCAACGCUCUUGAAGAGAUGAACGAAGGAAGGUCUGAGAAGUCGGAUGACGGAAAGAUGAAGAUGAAGAUUCAUAACCUACUCAAACUGAUAGGUCUCCUCAAGGCUCAGAUAAAUCAGAAGGAUCACGAGAUAUAUCAAAUGGAAUUGGACUUCAAGUUGAAGAAUCAGCAGUGCGAUAGAAGCAGUGGGCACCUGAACGAUAUGUUCGUAGAAAAUGACACCUUCUCCGACAACACGGAAGGGGCAUCAGGGGGCCCAGCGUCGAUGUCCGGUGGGGUAGGUGUUGCAGGAGGGAGAAGCUGUCCAGAGGGGGGAGAUUUCCUAAUGAGAAAAAUGAAGAGCAUUUUAAUUUCGCAGAAUGAAGAAAUUGUAAGUCUGAAUGAGGAGCUGAAAAAAAAAACGAAAGAACUGUUUUUUCUGAAUGAAGAAAACAUGACGAAGAAUGAAAAGCUAGCUGAGUUGAAAAAAGAGAUCGAAGAAAACUACUUGCAUCUCAGGGCAUAUAAGAAUGUGAAAAAUGAAAUGGAGAUAGAUGCGAAUAACAAAGUACAUCGUGUUGAAAACUAUCUUAACGUAACGAAUCAAAAACUAUUAAAAAAUGACAUAUCCAUAAAGGAAAAGAGACUCAAUAUAGAAAAACAGAAGAGAGUAAUAAAGGAAUUGUACAAUCAGCUAAACAAGAAGGAAGAAAAAAUUACUGAACUCAGAAGCAUUAUCGAAAGUAUCGAACUUAACAACAACAGAGAUAUUAUAAAAUACAAACAAAGCAACACAGACCUCAUUAAUAGACUAAGUCUAAAUAACUCCCUGAUGAAUAGCCAAAAAAUAGAAAUAGAAAAUAUGCACAUGAAUUAUAAGCAACUAGAAGAGGAACUGAAAAAUAAAGACAACGAACUAAAGAAGCUUCACGAGAAUUUGCUAGCCAAGGAUGAAGAAAAUAACAAAAUGGUGCACGAUAUCAAUCGGUUAAAAUUCGACAUGGAAAUAAAAAACAUCGAUGUCGUUAACGUAAAGCAAAAAAUCAAACAUGUAAAGAAGGAGUGUGCUAUCCAUUUGAAAAAACAGAAGGAACACUUCACCAGUGUCAUUAACGAAAUUUAUAAGGAGAAGGACGAGGCCAUUCAGGGCCACGUGGAGGAGUUCGCCAAGCUCUCCGCGCACUACAACGAGGUGCUUGCGGCUAACGAGACCAUCCAAAAUGAGCUGAACAUUCUGAAGGACGAAGUCUUGAAGAAAGCGUGCGAGGUGGAGAAACUGCAGGACAGACUGCUCGACUACGAAUCCAAACUACUAAUUUACGAAAAUAACAACGAAAUUAAAAUACUUAAAAAGAAUGAAGACCAUUUAAGGAAACUCCUUAGCAAACACAUUCACAGAAAUGAGAAGCUACUGAACACCACCCUGCUGCUACAGAAAUCUACACUAGAAAACAACACACUGGAAAAAAAAAUAAUUGAAUUGAAGGCAAAGACGUAUAGGAAAGACCAAGAGAUAAAGAAACUACAAGAAACGAACUGUAAAAAAAAAAACUCCAUAAGGAACAGUAACAUUUCACAAAGAGACGACUCUAUCGAAUUGAGUGAUCAUUUGAAGGAUCACUACUCCAGUGGAGAAAGGAGGAGAAUCGCGCCAGAUAGCUUGAUGCAGUACACAGAUGACUGUCUCGGUGCGAGAAACAACAUGCUUGAUUAUAACAACGGGGCGGAAAAAAACAACGCACUCGAUGCUAUGCUAUUCGAGGGUGAAAGCAACCUGAUCAUGGGGGUGAAAGAUGACGCAGGCUCGGAGGUGUCACUUCCCCUGGGGACGCCAGUAGCCACGAACAGUGCUUUCGCGGAUGAUCCAGUGUAUGUGGCCCUCUGCGAAUUCAGCCAUAGCAUCAAAGAAACCAAUAUCCCAUUUCAGAUGAAAAAAAUAAACGGAAACUUGUACCUCCUUAACGGUAAGGAAGUCCUCAUAAAAUUCAUAAACGGAGAUUUAUAUGUAGAGGACGGAUCGCAUUUGGUCAAAUUAAAUGAUUUCCUACUAACCAAUGGACCCAGCUAA